CAGCAGUCUAUGAGAGAGACGAUUCGCCCCCUCCCACUUCAGCCCAUGCCAGACAUCAAGAGCAGACACAGCACACUUGUCUCUCUCUCUCUCUCUCUCUCCUGUGUGAGAGAGCCACAAGAGACAACUCCUCCACUUUUUUUUCCCUCUAAUCCCCUCCUUAUUCCUCUCUGCGUUUUGCACUCUGAGGGACUAUGCCGGUUGUUGGCGUUGCAUCGAAACUACGGCAACCAGCUGUGGGGUCCAAACCCAUUCACACUGCACUGCCCAUCCCCAACCUAGGGAGGAGCACCAUGGCACAUGGACUGGCACCCAGGAGCUCGGAGCUCAGAAGCUCACAGACUUCCAUGUUCUCCUGUCAGCUGUCACUCAAGACGGAGAUCCAGGAUAGGAGGAUGACCCCGGCUCCAACUCUGACUUUAGCACGCAGCAGCAGAGAGGCAGAGGAGAGAAAGAUCUGCAAGAUCUAUACUGAUUGGGCGAACCAUUACUUGGCCAAGUCUGGCUGCCCGAGGCUUAUUAAGGACCUGACUCAGGACAUACCCGAUGGAGUUCUGCUGGCAGAAAUCAUCCAGAUAAUAGCUAAUGAGAAGGUUGAAGAUAUUAACAGUUGCCCCAAGAGCCAUUCUCAAAUGAUUGAGAAUGUGGAGGCUUGUCUGAAUUUCAUAGGGGCCAGAGGAGUCAGUGUCCAAGGGCUCUCGGCUGAAGAGGUGUGUAAUGGGAAUCUGAAGAGCAUCCUGGGUCUGUUCUUCAUCCUGUCCCGCUACAAGCAGCAGCAGCAGCACCAGCAGCAGUAUCUGCAGUCAUUAGUGGAGCUCCAGCAGCACGUCACACAUCAGACCACUGGGGCGGCACCAGCGAGCCAGCACAAAACACAAGACAUGCAAUCCAGUCUCACCGCACGAUACACUACAAGUCCACCAGGUCACAGUGGAAUAGCAGCCCCUCAGAAGAAAAACACAAGGUUACCAGGCCCCUCUAGAGUCCCCGCUGCAGGCAGCGGCAGUAGCAGUAAAGGCCACGGCUCUUCUAAUCUGAAUCGAAGGAGCCAGAGUUUCAACAGUAUCGACAAGAGCAAACCACUCCAGUAUGCUAGUGGCAAUGACAGAGAGUUGGUGAAGGGUAUACCUAUGCCAGGCAGCAUGAACAGCAGUGGCUCUGUGCCCUCCAGCACCAGCGGGCAGCAGCUGGCCUCUGCCAUUCCCUCUCCCACUGCUGGCAAGACCUGGCGUAGCAAGUCCAUGAACAUGAAGCACAGUGCCACCUCAUCCAUGCUGGCCACCAAGCUGCCCAGCCCAACCGCCUCCCCUACCCCACCUUCCUCAUCAGAUCGCCUACGACCGCCCAUUACAGAUGCUUCCAAAUCAGCCCCAGGCAACCAGCGUUCCAUGCUUGAGACGUUCCGCCUCAUCAACCCUCGCUCCUCAUCCAGAACUUCAACUUCAGUGGCCGAGAUGUCUCUUCAAGAGGAAGAUGACCUGUUAGAGUAUGGAGACGAUGGGGUCUGCAGUCCUACGCCACCCUGUGGGAUCUCUAAACAGCAGGGGAAAACCUCCAUGCCUUCCUUUGUGCCCCCAAGUAAGAAUGUAGCCGCCACCAACAACUGCAAGAACCAUAAUAAUAAGUUGCUGCCACAGCCCAAAGAUAAGGAGGACAAGAACAAGUCAAAGAGCAAAGCCUGCACGCCACCCAAAGAGGAACCAGUAAUAGUGGAGUCCGCUAAGAAAGGCUCCAAGAUAGCCAGCCUCAUCCCAAAAGGGAACAAAGCAUCUUCAGCCUCAGCCAAGAAAGAAAGCGCUAUUCCCUCCUCCAGUGGCAUUCCCAAGUCCAGUCUGAAGGCUCCAACGGCAACAGCCAAGUCCGCGGGAACACAAUCUAGUGUACCUUCAACAGGCGGUGAAAAGACCAAAUUGAGCAAAGGUGGUCAGUCUCUAUAUAUGCAGAGAUCUUUAGGAGGUUUGGAAAAUCGUAAGACCAGCAUGGUGUCCUCAACCAGUACUUCGGCACUUUCUGGAUCUGCUGCUUCUCAUGGACUGGGAGGAUGUGGGGCACUGGGGGGUAACGGGACCGUACAACUGCCCCAGCAGCAACAGCACAACCACCCUAACACUGCAACAGUCGCCCCCUUCAUGUACAGGACAUAUUCAGAAAGCGACUGUACAACUGUGGUCCCCCCUGAACCGUGUCUCAGUCCCACAAAAGACCUGGUCUACAGCAAGACCGCCAAACAGUGCCUGGAGGAGAUCUCAGGGGAGGAUCCAGAAACCAGACGGAUGCGCACAGUGAAGAACAUUGCUGAUCUGAGACAGAAUCUAGAAGAAACCAUGUCUAGUUUACGUGGGACGCAGAUUAGCCACAGUACCCUAGAGACAACAUUUGACACCACAGUAACCACAGAAGUGAACGGUCGUGGCCUUCCCACCCUCUCGAGUCGCUCUUCCACCAUGGCUUGGCGUCUGGGCCAAACGUCGAGCCCUCGUCUGCAGGCCGGUGAUGCCCCUAGUUAUACCCAACCCAGAUCCAGUGCUGGCACCACUGGUCGCUAUGGUGACCCAUCAAGGUUGGUGUACACCACCCCCCAGAGGAGAGCGACCGCCUCAGGGGUAAGAGGGUCAGAGCCAGUGGAGAAAGGCGGGAUUUCAGAGGCGGCGCCAGAGGUGGACAUGACAGGAUAUGGUAGUGAUGGAGACAUAUUGGCCAAAAAUGUACAUGCAGAUGACAUCAGUGGGUAUCACACAGACGGAGGUCUUUAUUCGCGGAACAUGGAUCUUUACUCUCGAAAUGUGGAUCGUCCUCCUGAAUUGACGCCCAAUAGAGAAGUCAUCCAAAAAGGGGUCAAAGAGAUGCAAGGGGAGGACAGUUGGGAUGACAGUAGUUCGGUCAGCAGUGGUUUGAGUGACACUUUAGACAAUAUCGGGACUGACGAUCUGAAUCCAUCCACCUAUUCCGGCAUUUCACCUCGCAAGAGCAAAGCAGCACAGUCACAUAAAGACACACACAGACACACUGAGGAUGGCAGUAGCUGGGUGGGUGCUGAAGAUCUGAAGAAGGUGGAUGAAGAGAUGGAACCAGGGAUAGACCCUUCCUCUAAAUGGAAGACUUCAUCCUCUUCUGCAUCAGGUCAGGGUGAUGAUGUUGGCCAGAAGAUAGGUUCACCCAUGUCCCAAACAGGUUCCUGGCGGAGAGGCAUGAGUGCCCAGGUUGGCAUCACGCCACCACGAACCAAAAGCACAUCCACCUCCCUCAAAACACCAGGUAAAACAGAUGACGCCAAGGCAUCCGAGAAGGGCAAGGCCCCUUCUAAGAGUCCCAGCAUCCAGCGCUCGCCAUCGGAUGCGGGUAAGAGCAGUGGAGACGAGGGGAAGAAGCCACCCUCAGGCAUCGGACGGCCACCAACCACCAGCUCUUUCAGCUUUAAGAAGAUCCCAGGGCCAGCUGGGGCCCUUAUCACAGCCAGUGGGGCCACUCUGGCCAGUGGCUCUGCGACUUUAGGCAAGGUACCCAAGUCUGCUGGUAUUGGGAAGGGCACAAGCGUCGGCAAUGGGCGGAAGACGAGUCUUGAUGAUGCUCAACACCAAGACGACGUUGUCUUGUUAGGCUGUGGUGGCUCAAAGGUUCCCCUACAGUACCGCUCCUUGCCCAGACCAGCAAAGUCAUCUAGCGGGGGUAGCAGUGUAGUGGGCCGCAGUGGGCAUCGUUCCAGUUCCAGCAGCAUUGACUCAAAUGUAAGCGGAAAGUCUGCAGGAGGAGGUGGAGGAGUUGGAGCAACCACAAACAGCACAAAGAGAAGAGACACUGGUAAAGUAGGGUCAGGACGCUCUAGUCCCGUCACCAUCAACCAGACAGAUAAGGAAAAAGUGGCCGGAUCCGAUCAAGAGGGAACGGGGCUGUCCACCUCCCCCAAAUCUAGUCCCACUUCCACCCAAUCUGGACUCAGACAGCCAGGCUCCAAAUAUCCAGACAUCGCAUCCCCCACAUUCCGCAGGUUGUUUGGCAGUAAGGCCAGCAGUAAACCCAGUUCACCUGGCACCCCUGACUCUGGUAAAUGCCCAUCAGCACUGGGCAGCCCUCAUGGCACACUGGCACGACAGGCCAGCCUUGACUCGCCCUCCUCAGGAACAGGUAGUCUGGGCAGCAUGGGUGGGCAGAGCGGAGGCAGCAGCCCACUAUAUGGCAAAACACCUGACCUAGGCACAGACUCCGCGGCUUCAAGUCCGGCGUCAGGCCUCUCUCUGCCCUCUAAUGCCCGGCCGUGGCCUCCGAACCUCAGCAGCUCCUCUGCCGGUAGUAAAGACACCCUGAGCUGUCACAGUAUGACCAGCUUACACACAAGCUCUGAGUCCAUCGACCUGCCACUCCCACAUCACCAUGGGCCAAAGGUCACCCGCACAGGCAGCGUCAAGUCAACCCUAUCUGAGGGCAUGCCUCUUGACAGAAAUACUCUGCCCAAAAAAGGAUUAAGGUACCCUCCCUCCUCCAGACAGACAUCACAUGAAGAGGGGAAGGAAUGGUUACGUUCACACUCCACAGGAGGUCUGCAGGACACAGGAAGUCCACUUUCACCUCCGGGCACAACAAGCACUAAUGCUGGCAAAUACCACUACUCAAACCUCCUGAGCCCCACCAGUAUGUCGCAGUUCAAUCUUCCUGGCACCAGUAUGAGCCGCUCUAAUAGUAUUCCAGCGCAGGACUCGUUCGAGCUGUAUGAGGAGGGGCACACUUUGGGCGGCAGUGCUACCUCACUAGAGGAACGGCCACGUGGCAUGAGUCGAUCCAACUCCUUCAGAGACAGCACCGAUGAAGUCCAUGGUUCCUCUCUGUCUCUGGUCUCGAGCACGUCAUCUUUGUACUCUGCGGUGCUGGCCUUUUUAGACAAGACGGAGGAGAAGGCACACUGCGAGGGCCAAACAGUGCAAAAUACAACGCAAAUCAGAAAACUGCGGCGAGAGCUGGACGCUUCCCAGGAGAAAGUGGCAACGCUGACCUCUCAGCUGGCGGCCAAUGCACACCUGGUGAUGGCGUUCGAGAAGAGUCUAACGAACAUGACCUGUCGCUUGCAGAGUCUAACCAUGACAGCAGAGCAAAAGGAGUCUGAGCUGGCGGAGUUGAGAGAGACCAUCGAGGCUCUAAAAGCUCAGAACACUGAUGCCCAAACAGCCAUUCAAGUGGCCCUCAAUGGCCCCGAUCAUGUUCAUAAAGCAGACCUGCGGAUCCGUCGACAGCACUCGUCAGACAGUAUGUCCAGUAUUAACAGUGCAGCUAGUCACUCCAGCAUGGGCAGCGCUAAAGAUGUAGAUGACAAGAAGAAAAAGAAGAAGAGCUGGGUGGCUGAUUCCAUCCCUGCCCAGUUGCGGAGCUCCUUCAAGCAGGCCUUCAGCAAGAAAAAGACCAACAAGCCCCAAUCGUCUCACGAUGAAAUCGAGGAGAUGACUGACUCCUCACUCCCUUCUUCACCCAAACUACAACACACCAACAGACAGACUACCACCAUUCAACCACUGUGCUCCUCACCAUCCACCACAGAAAAGUGUUUUUGCGAUAGCAAGGCCUCCCCCAUUUGGAUGGCAAAGAAAAAGUCAAACGGCCAUGUGAUCUACAAGCACAGAUCUCGACUGUGUGAAUGUACAGAGGCUGAGGCGGAGAUUAUCCUGCAGCUGAAGAACGAGCUGAGAGAGAAGGAGCUGAAGCUCACUGAUAUCAGACUGGAGGCGUUAAGCUCUGCCCACCACCUCGACCAGAUUCGAGAGGCCAUGAACCGCAUGCAGAACGAGAUUGAGCUGCUGAAGGCAGAGAACGACAGACUAAAGUCCAGCGGCAAUACCACCCCUGCGGCCACACCUGCUAAAAUGGGUCGCCCCCCUUCAGAAACCUCCAGCACCUCCUCCUCUUCCUCACGCCAAUCUCUGGGGCUGUCACUAAACAACCUCAACAUCACCGACACCAUCAUGUCAGAUAUUCUGUUAGAUGACAGCUACGAGGGCAACCUACGCAAAGAAGGCAGGAGCGUCCGUAUAGUGGUCACCAUCAAUAGUGACUUCAACAAGACCAAGGCUAUGCGGAAGAAAGAGUAUCUGAUUGGCUCUAUUGGUGUCAGCGGAAAGACCAAGUGGGACGUGUUGGACGGUGUCAUCCGACGGCUGUUCAAGGAGUAUGUGUUUCGCGUGGACCCAUUGACCAGUCUGGGCCUGAACUCAGAUAGUAUAGUGUGCUACAGGAUGGGUGAUGUGGUCCGAUCUCACGCCUCUGAGGUGCCUGAGCUGCUUCCCUGUGGAUACCUAGUGGGUGACCACAACAUCAUCACAGUCAGCCUCAAAGGUGUGAAGGAGGGAAGUAUAGAUGAUCUGGUGUUUGAUACACUCAUCCCUAAACCCAUCAUUCAACGCUAUUUAAACCUUUUAAUGGAGCAUCGCCGAAUCAUCCUCUCAGGCCCCAGUGGAACGGGAAAAUCCUAUCUAGCCACAAAACUAGCUCACUAUAUCAUCUCUAAGACUGGACGAGAGGUUACUGAAACUAACCUGGCCAGCUUCAAUGUGGACCAGAAGUCCAGCAAGCAGGAUCUUCGCCAGUACCUCUUUAGCCUAGCCGAGCAGUGCAACACAGAGGUGUGUGAGACCGAGUUGCCCACUGUAGUUAUUCUGGAUAACCUCCAUCAUAUUGGCUCCCUCAGUGACAUUUUCAAUGGAUUCCUCAACUGCAAAUACCACAAAUGCCCGUAUGUCAUAGGAACCAUGAAUCAGGGUGUGUCUUCGUCUCCAAACCUUGAGCUUCAUCAUAACUUUAGGUGGGUGCUUUGUGCCAACCACACUGAGCCGGUGAAGGGCUUCCUGGGUCGCUUUCUGCGAAGGAAACUGAUUGAAACAGAGAUCGCUAAGAAUAUGCGCAGCAACAACCUCAUCAAAAUCAUCGACUGGAUCCCUAAAACCUGGCAACACCUCAACACCUUCCUGGAAGCUCAUAGCUCCUCAGACGUCACCAUUGGUCCUCGGCUGUUCUUGUCCUGUCCAAUGGAUGCGGACGACUGUCGUGUGUGGUUUACUGACCUGUGGAACUACUCUCUUGUGCCAUAUCUACUGGAGGCAGUAAGAGAAGGGCUUCAGCUGUAUGGGAAGAGGGCGGCGUGGGAGGACCCUUCUAAAUGGGUGAUUGACAACUACCCAUGGAGCUCCGCCUCCCUGCAGCAUGAAGGCCAAUCACUGCUGCAGUUGCGGCCAGAGGAUGUGGGCUAUGAUGGCUACAGUUCCUCUAAAGAUGGAGCCGCUUCCAAACAAGUAUCUCAGAGCGACACAGAGGGCAGAUCCACUGGUAAAGAACACCUCUAUUUUUCUAUAUACUGUUUACAAAACUACAAUACUUAGUAUUUGU